AUGCCUCAUGGGCAGAAAAGUAAGCUCCGUGCCAAGGAGAAGCGCCGCCAAGCCCAAAGGCAGAACCAGGGUCCGCAGGGUACUCAGGCCUCCCCGGAGCUCUCUCCUGAGACUGAGGGCACACCCCAAAGCUCUUCUACUGCUGGUAGCCCUCAGGAGCCAGCCCCGGGUUCCAGCACUCAGGGUGCAGCUCAGGCUGGAGGAGCACGUGGCUCCCAGCCAAGACCUCGCAAAGGGGAGAAGAAUGGAGGUGAGGAAGGGCCGAGCUCGGAGAACACCAAGGCCUCCAGAGAUGUCUCCCCCUCAGAUCCUCUCAACACCAGGGCCUGUCGGCUGCUGCAUUCGAUGCUUCACACGUACAAGAUGAAACAGCUCAUCACCAAGGGAGAGAUGAUGAAGAUCAUCACCCGCAAGUACAGGAAGGAUUUCCCGGAGAUCCUGAAGCUCACCAUGGAUCGCCUGGAGCUGGUGUUCGGCCUCAACCUGAAGGAGGAGCGCCCCGGUGGCCAGGCCUACUCCCUGGUCAGCAAGCUCAACCUUCCCAGCAACCCGAGUGGUCAGGGUGAGUUGCCCAAGACCGGGCUUCUCAUGCUUCUCCUGGGCAUGAUCUUCAUUAAUGGCAACAACGCCACUGAGCAAGAGCUCUGGAAUUUCUUGAAUAAGCUGGGGGUCUACGUUGGGGAGCAGCACAUCAUCUUUGGGGAGCCCAAGAAGUUGAUCACCAAAGAUUUUGUUCAAGCAAAGUAUCUGGAGUACAGGCUCUUGCCCGGCAGCGAUCCUCCGUGCUACGAGUUUGUGUGGGGCCCCAGAGCCUUCGCUGAAACCAGCAAGAUGGAAGUCCUGGAGUUUUUGGCCAAAGUCAAUGGCACCAGCCCCAGUGAUUUCACAGAACACUAUCAAGAGGCACUGGCAGAGCAGCGAGAGAGAGAGAAAGGUGCAGCCGAGGCUGGUCCUGCUGCCCCAGGAAAGGGAAAGGGAAAGGCCAAGGCCAAGGCCAAGGCUGCUGGAUCUUCCACCCCCUAG